AGGCCCGCUCGCCGGGUCCGCGGGCCAUGGAGCUCCCAGUGGCAGAUCGAGAGCGGUCGGCGCGUCCCAAUUUGCCCGCCCGGUGCCUGGCUCCCACCCCUUCCCAGCCCUGGAGACAGCAGCCCUCUUGCUGCUGAGUGGCAGCGACGGCAUGAAGGCUCAGGGUCGGUUCCUGCUCAUCAUCCUGUGCUCCUUGGGCUUCUCCGCUGCCUAUAUCCUGCUCUGCUGCUGGGCCUCCCUGCCCUUCUGCCUGGUCUCCUGCCUGGGCCCCCACCUCUCCACCAACUCCAGGCCCACCGUGCCGGGGCCCCUGCACUUCAGUGGGUAUAGCAGAGUGCCAGAUGGGAAGCCGCUGGUCCGAGGGCCUUGCCGCAGCUGUGCCGUGGUGUCCAGCUCCGGCCAGAUGCUGGGCUCGGGCCUGGGCGCCCAGAUCGACGGUGCCGAGUGCGUGCUGCGCAUGAACCAGGCGCCCACCGUGGGGUUCGAGGUGGACGUGGGCCAGCGCAGCACCCUGCGCGUGAUCUCGCACACGACUGUGCCGCUGCUGCUGCGCAACUACUCGCACUAUUUCCAGCAGGCCCGCGACACGCUCUAUGUGGUGUGGGGCCAGGGGAAGAACAUGGACCGCGUGCUGGGCGGCCGCACCUACCGCACGCUGCUGCAGCUCACCAAGAUGUACCCGGGCCUGCAGGUGUACACCUUCACCGAGCGCAUGAUGGCCUACUGCGACCAGGUCUUCCAGGACGAGACGGGCAAGAACCGCCCAGGAAAUACAGCUGCCAGCCUCCAGCUCUCUGCCCAGCUGCCCUCGUGCCAUCACCUGCCACAUACAUUGGGGUCUUGCAUCUCCGACAGGAGGCAGUCGGGCUCCUUUCUCAGCACUGGCUGGUUCACCAUGAUCCUCGCCCUGGAGCUGUGUGAGGAGAUCGUGGUGUAUGGAAUGGUCAGCGACAGCUACUGCAGGGAGAAGAACCACCCCUCAGUGCCUUACCACUACUUCGAGAAGGGCCGGCUGGACGAGUGUCAGAUGUACCUGGCACACGAGCGGGCACCCCGCAGCGCCCACCGCUUCAUCACGGAGAAGGCGGUGUUCUCUCGCUGGGCCAAGAGGAGGCCCAUCACGUUUGCCCACCCGUCCUGGAAGGCGCAGUAG